ACCGGCCCCUUUAAGGAGCAGCGCUCGCGUUCUUUGACCCUAUCGGGAAGCGGAGAGGACGGUGUGGCGGACGGUCAGAGCGAUCAGGUCAGUUUUCGUUUCAUUCUCUUCACAAAUGGUGUCGAUUCAGCAAGUUGUAUUGAGCUCUCGACUGGGUAAGAAUGAUGAGCCUGUGGCAGAGAAUUUUAGGAUGGAGGAGGGUCAUCUGCCUGAGGACUUGCAGGACGGCCAGGUGAAAGUUCACACAAGAUAUCUGUCUGUGGACCCCUACAUGCGUUGCAGGAUGAAUGAAGAUACCGGUGUGCAAUAUUUGCUUCCUUGGCAAGUAUCCAAAGUCGCUGAUGGUGGAGGAGUUGGAGUGGUUGAAGAGAGUAAACACCUGCUGUUUCAGAAAUGGGAUGUUGUGACUUCAAUGAACUGGCCUUGGCAGAAUUACGCCAUUGUGGAUGGAGAAAUCCUAACAAAGCUUGAUCCUCAGCUUGUAGAUGGGCACCUCUCCUAUUUCUUGGGUGUUGCUGGUUUGUCAGGCUUGACUGCUUUGCUGGGUGUGAGGGAAAAGGGCCAUGUGAAGCCUGGAGCAAAUCAAACCAUGGUGGUCAGUGGUGCUGCAGGAGCUUGUGGGAUGUUAGCUGGUCAGAUUGCUCGUCUUGAAGGAUGUUCGAGAGUGGUUGGGAUCUGUGGCACGGAUGAGAAGAGUCAAGUUUUGAUCCGCAGGAUGGGUUUUGAUGCUGCCAUUAAUUACAAAAACGAUGAUAUUACAAAAAAGCUGUCGGAAUACUGUCCGAGUGGAGUGGAUGUUUACUUUGACAAUGUCGGAGGCCAUAUCAGUGAUGUUGUCAUUAGUCAGAUGAAUAAAGACAGUCAUGUCAUUCUAUGUGGACAAAUUUCCCAGUACAACAAAGCUGUGCCUUACCCUCCUCCACUACCUUCUCACACAGAGGCUAUCCUAAAGGAAAGAAAUAUCACGAGAGAGAGAUUCUUGGUGACAAACUAUUCGGAUAACUUUGCCACAAGCCUGGUGCAGUUGACCCGGUGGCUGAAGGAGGGGAAGCUGAAGGUUUGUGAGACGGUGGUGAAAGGACUGGAAAACAUUGGAGCUGCCUUUGAGUCGAUGAUGAAAGGAGGCAAUAUUGGGAAGCAGCUUGUCCUGGUCUCUGAGGGGUGAGGGGUAAUGAGGCGAAGUGUCCACUCUUCCUGAGCAUUGUUGCUACAGUUUUACUGGCUCUGCUAUGCUGAGCCAGCCUGUAGAUGUUGCUUCUCUUGCCUUUACCUUUCAGAUGGAGAGAGGAAUGUUAUGAAGGAUUGCCAACUGAGGCUUUAGCAUAUUACUAAUCAAUUUGUCUAGACAUUUUAUAUAAAUCAUGUCAAUUUAAUUCAUGUUCAAAUAAUAAAUCCUAAGAUUUUGCUCAUUUAAAACUAAACUGUUAAGAUUUUGUCCUUUUUAUUUGAACAUGGCACUUGGGUUGCAGAGCCUUGUGUUUGCAGGGCUGAUCAUUUCCAUCUACUCAUAUGAAAGGGCUCAGCAAUUCUUCCUACCACUAAAUCUUGAUCUGACUAACCUCUGGCCUAGAACUCAUUAAAUCCAAUUGAUACAAAUCAUAUUAUUACCUCUGCUUCCUGACCAGAAUGACUCUUACUCAAAGUUCAAAGUACAUUUAUUAUCAAAGUAUAUAUAAAUUAUAUGACCUUGAAAUUCACAGCCUAAAGAAAUUCACUUACUUACAGGCAGCUACAAAGCAAGAAACUCGAGAGAACCCAUUUUUUUAAAAAAAAAGGACCAACACCCAAUGUACGGAGAGAUUUUUUUUUAAAGUAACAUAAAUUGUGCAAACUGUAAAAGCAAGCAACAGCAUUGAGAACCAGACUGAGUCCGUAGACCCUGAGCAGCUGGAGUUCCCAUAGCCUCGGUCUCAGUUUAUCACUGAGCAGGGAAAGUCACUGAGCUGCCUGAGCAGUCUCAGAGACUCAGUGUCAUGGAGAGAGGAGUAAACAUCAGAGAGCAGUGAGCAGAACCAGCCCAAUCCUCACCUCCGCUUCCAACAGCCUGCCUUAUCAGUCUGUCUGGGCCGGCAUUGAAAUUGUCUCAACACUGGGUCAUCCCCUUCACGGUGCAAUGUUAUGUCCUGGGCCUGGACCCCGCUGCCCAACUCGUGGCCACCACCCCAUUCUGGUCCGUGCUUGGCCUUUCCAAAUCGGCUCGGUGCUUAGGUUUAUCCAAAUUUGCUCCCGGUUUAAGUGGAUGGGCUCCGAAACUCCUCCGCUCCAACUCCGUCUCUCCACCUACUUCUCCUCAAAAAUGCCACACUCUGACUUUGCUUUGCACCUGUACGCCUUGACCCUCGAGUCAACCUCACCUUUGCUCACCUCUUCAUUGUUUACCACAACUUGCCAUGUUAAAAGUGUGAUCAAUGAAAUAUUUAGUUGUGAUUUGUGCCUUUUGAGCCACCAGUAAGCUGUCACCCAACUUCAGUAGCACCACCUUAAAUCAGAAGCAAAUCAAAUUUGAGAUUUCUUCCCUUUCUUCCCCCCAUAUGUUGCCUCUUUCAUGCCUGUAACCUGCAGAUUUCUGCAAUUAGGAAUAGCUCUGCAUCCCUUCUAAUUGAUGGCCAUGUCUAGUCAUCUAGAACCAAAAUUCUUUAAAACUUUCCCUCAUUACUUAGUAUUUAAAAUGUACAUCUGAUGAAACCUUUGGUUACUUGUCUCGAUACUAAACACAAAAUAAUCUGCAGAUGCUGGGGUCAAAGCAACACUCACAACACGCUGGAGGAACUCAGCAGGUCGGGCAGCAUCCGUAGAAACGAUCAGUCAACGUCUCGAUACUUCCCUGAGCUUCAUAUUACUUUUUGUUUAGUUGCUGUCUGUUAGACUGGUCAUUGCAUCGUAAGAGUACAAGCUAUUAGAUCCUUCUAGAAUUUUCUCUUAAUUUCAAAUUUACAACAUUGAUGUGUUAUAUUUUUACUGUUUUUCAUUUGUAUUGGAGGAGGUCCGUCAAAAAUGGUGCUGCUGCUUUUAGCUUGGAAAUCAGAUCUUCAGUGUGCUUCUAAACAUGGGAACAGGAGUUGGUAAUAGAACCCCAAAUCUGCAUCACGUGGUUCUGAAGUAUUGUCUGGGUCUGAGAACUCGGGUUGUACAGAUGACCUUCAUUCAUUCACUCAUUCUUGCAGUGUGGAUGUUACUGAGAGAGUAGCAGUGAACCUCACCCUCGUGUUUUAAGUCCCUUCAGAUAUUUGGGUUGGGAUUCGUAUGAGUGUCACCAGUGGUUUUCUAUCCUACAAUGUUAGAGAAGUAAAAGCUUUUACUGACAAUUUAAAAUCUCCAAGAUUGUUGUAAUGAUAUGAGCUUGUUUAAUAACAAAUCAGAUUUUGAACAAAAUAUGCAUUUGUAUUCUUGGGUAUGUUUUGAUCCACAAACUGCUCAGCAUAUGACUGCAAGAAACUGCAAAGUGUUCUGUAUCAAGGAAAUAAAACU